AGAGGGCAUCCGGUCGCGUGACCAGCUGCCUUCCUGUCUGUGCAACAGCGGCAGCAGCCGCAACAACAACAAGAGGGAGGAGUGAGGAAGGAAGGAGCCGCCGCUGCCUCCUGCCGGGCGGGGAUGGCGGAGGCUGUGAAGCCCCGGAGCCGGGCCAAGACCAGCCGGGCCAGAGCCAAGGAAAAGAAGAAAAAAAGUGAAGAGGAAAGCGUUGAGUCUCGGGGCUUCCUUCCCAGUGUGCCUAGAGAUCGAGAUGAGCCUUCUCACUCUAGCAGCACCCAGGUGGAACACCUUCCGGAGUCCAGAGUCCAUAAUCAAGCUAAUGAGGGAGCCAAGGUGAAUGAGUUUUCUGACAUCCCUCUGAGUGAUGAAGGACCCCCAGCAGCAACCCUAACAAAGCCUCAAACGCCGGUGGAAGAACUUCAAGCAAGUGCUGAGGAGGAGGAUGUUGAUAAAAAGCCAGCCAAUCCUCAGAGCCUUAUGGAAGCAGUCGUUAGUGAAGUGGCAGCCUGUGGCCUAUCAGAAAGUGGUAUUUCUCACACGCCUUCUUCAGUGAGAAGCAUCCAAGACCAAUCAACAGAGAACAUACAGCAUGUUGAAAAUCCUGUCCAUCCUUCAGGAGAGGCUCCUGCCACCAUUUCUGCCCCUGCAAGGGAAGUCCAAGCAGACACUCAGACCUCUGGUUCCAAAAUGCUGUAUCCAGAUCUAGCGCUGGAGUUACCCCAAGAGAGGCUACCAGUCCUGGCCAUCAAGCCACCGAAGGGAAGGCUCUACCCCGAGAUUCCAGUAGAACCAGAGCUGCUCCCUUUUACCAAAGAGCAGCUGAAGAUCUUUGAGCCGUAUUCCUGGCUGGAGAAUGUGGAAUUCUACAUGGAGGAGUUUGGGAGCAUUGCGCACCAAGACAGGCACGAGUUCUUCGAGCUGUUGCUGAACUACUGGCGCUGCCGGAAGCAGCUGCUUCUGGCCGAGGCAGAGCUGCAGAGCCUGGCCUUGGGUUGUCAAAGUGUCGAAGGCCGCCUGUGGACUUUUAAGGAUGAGCAGCAGUCUGUCCAGGGUGUCUGUGCUGAUCAGUGCAAAGUGACAGGCCACCAUCGCUACCAGACAGUCGAGGUGAACGAAGGUGCCUUGGGAGACCUGAAGAGGCACUUUGAGGCCAAAACGCGGCAUAUCCAUCAGCUGCUGGCCCUGCACUUGUACACCUCGGUGCUGUCCCGCCUGCAGGUGGAGUCUUACAUCUAUGGGCUGCUGACUGGCUCUUCCUUGCUGAAGUCGGUGGGCAUCCAGCAGCAAGAGCCAGCUCUUCAGCAGGUGGAGAACGUUUCCUCUGACCUGGGCCCUUUGAAGGAAUGCAUCAGUGUUCUCUUCAGCUUCACUCGCAGAGUCGUUGAAGAUCCGCAGUUCCAAAGUGAUGUGGUCUCGUGGCUCCGGAGGCUGGUCUCAGUCCUGCAGAGGGUUGGCUCUCCAGCGGACCAUCUCUUCCUCUUGAACCACAUCCUUCGGUGCCCAGCCGGUGUCCACAAAUGGGCGGUUCCGUUCAUCCAGCUUCGAGUUCUGGGUAACCCAUCUGGGGUCUUCCAUUUUAUGCAGUCCCUCGCUUUGCUUAUGUCUCCUGCCAAAAAUCGAGCUGAGUUUAUGUGCCAUAUGAAGCCAAGUGAUCGGAAGACCUCCUCUUCAUCUGAGAUGGAUUCUGGAAAUUGGACUUUAGUAGAUGAAGGAGGGGAAGAGGACGAAGAUCCUGAUACCAGCUGGGUCCUGCUUCUUGAGGAUGACUUGAUUGCACUUUUGUCACAGUUCCCGUUUCAUGAACUCUUCCAGCAAAUGCUUGGAUUUGAUUCUACAGGUGUUUAUGCUCUGGAGAAAACCACACCCCAAGAGAUGAUGAAGAUCUUUGCAUUUGCUAGUUCCUUAGUGGAGCUCUUAGCUGUGGGGCUGGAAACCUUUAACCGGGCCCGUUACAGGCAGUUUGUGAAGCGGAUAGGCCGCCUCAUCAGGAUGACACUUUGCUACGUGAGUGACCACUGGGCCCAAUAUGUCAGCCGUGCCAAAGACUGUGGCUAUGCAAUGCACCCUUACUCUGUUGAGAAACUGCAGAUGGAAUUUGAUGAGCUUUUUCUGAGGGCCGUCCUCCAUGUACUGAAGGCAAAAAGGCUGGGGGUGUGGCUCUUCAUGUCCGAGAUGCCAUAUGGAACGCUCUCCAGCAAGAUGCUUUGGAAGCUCUUCUCCAUCAUGCACUGUGCAGAAAGUGAGGAUCUGGAGAAGCUGUGUGCCACCCUGGAGCUUGCAGACUGCCAGCGCAAACUCAAAGACCCAGCCCACCUGGAGAACUUUGAGAAGUAUCUGCAGUCGAUGAACGGCUCUGAGGAAAUCUGCCUGCUGACCACCUUUGCCCAGAUGGCACAGACCAAGCGGGACGACUUGGAUGAAGACUUUGUCAGAGUCAUUGUGCUGGAGAUCUAUGAGGUGUCUUACGUCAGCCUUUCCACAAGAGAAACUUUUUCGAAGGUUGGCCGGGAACUCCUGGGAGCCAUCACCACUGUGCAUACCAGCAUGAUUUCAGUCCUGCUGGACCGAGUCAGAGAGACUAUUGGAAGGGUUGGCAUGGUUUCCCUUUAUUUAUUUAAAGAGCUGCCCAUGCAUCUCUGGAAGCCGUCGCCUUCAGAGGUGGCCCUGAUCCGUGACUGGCUGCUGAAUUAUAGUCUGACCGAAGUGGAGAACAAAUUAGCCUGCAUCAUCCUGGAAGGGCUGAACUGGGGACCUUGUGAGCAGGGAAGUCUUCAUCUGGAUCCAGCGGUCCAUACUGAAGUUGCGCUCAUGGUUUUAGAAGCUUACCAGAAGUACCUCUCUCAGAAACCAUACAGUGGGCUCAUCUCUGAAAGCAUCAAACAGGUCUCCUACCUGGCCAGCAUUGUGCGUUAUGGAGAGACUCCCGAGACCUCCUUCAACCAGUGGGCGUGGGGCCUCGUGCUGAGGCUGAAGCUGCACGCCAACGAUCAUGGCACGCAGCAAGGCUGGCCUGCGGUUCCACUCUCCAGUACGGUGCUUGAGCUGGCGGAGUCGCCCACCUUUCACCCGCUCCUGAAGGCGGUCCGAGCAGGCCUCCCCAUUGGCUGUUACCUUGCGCUGGCCAUGAUGACGGUAGGCCACAGCAUUGAGAAGUUCUGUGCUGAAGGGAUCCCCCUCUUGGGCAUUCUGGUGCAGUCGCGGCAUCUGAGGACCGUCGUUCAUGUCCUGGAUAAAAUCUUGCCGCUGUUCUAUCCCUGCCAGUAUUACCUGCUGAAGAAUGAACAGUUUCUCUCGUACCUCCACCAGUUUCUUCAGCUGGAUGGCGGCAUCCCCCAAGGGAUGACUCAGCAGGUGACGCACAAGGUGGCUCAGCACUUGACUGGAGCAAGUUAUGGCGAGAACCUGAAGCUGCUCAACAGCAUGAUUCAGAAUCACAUUUUCACAAGCAGCCAUCCCAACGGAGUCGGGCCAGCUGCGAUCUUGGAGUUCUGGGUCCAGGCCCUCAUCAGCCAGCCGCUCUGGCACAAGGAGAGAGCCACGCUCUGCCUGAUGGAUCACUUGUGCCAAGCAGCUUUUCAGUUUAAUCAAGAGGACUGCGUGCAGAAGCUGCUUUAUCAGCAACACAAGAAUGCUUUGGGCUACCACAGUGACAAGGGACUGCUCUCUUCCUUAGUCAGCUGGAUCGUGGCAGGCAACGUGACUCCUUCUUUCAUCGAGGGAAAUGCCAACUCUGCACAGGUUUGGUUUGCAUGGACCAUCCUGAACAUGGAGUCCAUCUUUGAAGAAGAUUCCCAGCUCCGUAGAGUUGUGGAAAGAGAGUUAGUCACUAACUCUUUAACUCCUGAUCAGGCUCUAAAGAAGGCCCAGGCCCAGCUGAAGCUGCCCAUUGUGCCUUCUCUUCAGCGCUUGCUUAUUUAUCGUUGGGCUCAUCAAGCCCUGGCUACUCCUGCAGAUCACCCCCUCCUUCCACUCAUCUGGCAGAAAUUCUUCCUCCUUUACCUUCAUCGUCCAGGGCCACAAUAUGGGUUACCCGUAGAUGGCUGCAUUGGGAAAAGGUUCUUCCAGAGUCCCUCCCAGCUUGGCCUGUUAAAUGAUCUGAAGCAGCGCCUGAUAGAGGUGGCAGAUUUCCACCACUCUGCUAGCAAAGCGCUCAGGCUGGAGAGCCCAGUGGAUGGCAACGAAAGCGCAGCGGAGAAAGGCAGCAGCAAGCCGGAUUACCUGACCUCCCCUGAACUGCACAAGGAGCUUGUCAGGUUUUUCAACGUGUGCAUGUUGUGGUUGGAAGAAGAGAGCUUCCAGAAAGGGGACACGUAUCUUCCCUCCUUACCGAAGCAAUACGAUGCCCACAGGCUUGCCAAGAUCAUGCAGAAUCAGCAGGAUUUGUGGAUAGAAUUUGUCAACGUUGAACGCAUACAGUACGACUUCCAGGAAGCAAUAAACUUUUGGCUUCAAGUCCGGGUAGAAUCACACACCACCUCAAGUGCUGCGUUGUCACAGACUGACUUCACUAACCCUUUGUUGGCCAAAAAGAGAAUUGUCAGCCGUUUGAAGAAGUACGAUGCACCCCAGCCCUCUCUUUCCCUCCAGCCAAUGAAAGCUCCUGUGCCUGACAUUUCUCCUGCCAGCCUGGUGAAUCAAAGAGAAGCCAAAGAGCUGACUCGUGCCAACCUCCGCAUCCUACAGCAGCAUGCCAAAUCUGCAGCACUCCGAGAGUCCCAGCAAGUUGCUUUCAACAAUGAGAUCUUGGAUACUCUGCCAAAACUUUAUACCAACAGAGAAGAACAAAUUACUCUUUCUCUGGAGUGCCGGGGAAGUUCUGGUAAAAGUUGCCAGGGAGCAGCUCUUGUGACAAUCCAGUUUGAAGGAAAGCACAAAAAUGAAGCUGUCAGCCAGCAGCUCCAUGCUUUGGAGAAAGAAGUGAAGCACCUGGAGGCAGAAGCCACCAAGCCGCCUUCUCUGAGUGUCGUGGAAGCCGCUGUCCACAUGGAAAACUUCAUCACAGCUUUAAUAAAUAUCUAUAAGCUUCAGCCAAUGCCUGGGAUUCACAGAGCUGGGAUCAAUCUGUUCUUUGCAAUGGUGGAAUUCGUGUGUGAUGAAACGCAGCGCCAUCCCCCCACAAGGCAGUUCUUCACCUCCUGCAUCGAGGUCCUGGGCCAGGUGUUUGUCAUGGGAACCCAGUCGGAGUGCCAGCCGGUACUCCAGACCAUUCUGAAAAACCGGCGGCUCUGCACCCUUCUCUCUCCUUACUUCACUCCUGUCGCCUCCCCCGAGGAGUUUGUGGGCCUGUAUGAGCAAGUGGUGUCUUUCCUCAGCGAGGAGAACAGCGACGACAUCUUCAUGCUGCUCUCAAAGUUUGACCUUUCCCAGUGGCUGCAGGGCUCGAAGCCCCGACUGUCUGAGCGGACCAGACUCCUGGAGUCCAUCCACCUGGCUCUCAAGGCCUGUGGCUUUGAACCCGAGGCAGGCAUUUUGUUGCCCUUUUCCAUCUUCUGCAAACAUUGGACAUGCCUUCUUCAGUACCAGUUCCCUGACCACUACAGCAACUUCCUGAGGCUGCUCAUGCAAAGUUCUGCCGACCAGCUCCUGAGCCCUGACUGCUGGAAGGCGUCCCUCAACGCCUUGGGUUGCACCUCUACAGCAGCCAAGAAAGACAUCGGGAAAGAGGAGAACAACGAAAGCAUUGCCUUGCAAACAUCUCCUGAGGCAUUGCUGUCGGCAGAGCAGGUCAUGGAGACUCUGGAGUGGCUUUCUAACUUCUUCCUCAAGCUGCGCUUGUCCUCACGCGACUUCCGGAGCUUUGGCUUGUUCUCCAGGUGGGCUCCCUACAUCACCCAAGUGAGGCACUUGGUGGAGUAUCUCGUCAACCGGCUCGUGGACUCUGAAGCCUCCAACUUGUCACGGGAGCCAGUCGGCAGCAGCAGAGUUCUUGCAGUGCUGCACUCUUUGCAUUUGACCAUCACCAAACUCUUCAAACCUUGGAUUCUGGUUUUAGAAAGAGAAGAUGCAAGCAAGCAGCCCUGCUACCCGUGGCUGGAGAGUGACACGCCUGUUGCUUCCAGCAUGGUUCAGCUAUAUGCAGACAGCGUCCGUGUUCUACACGAAAGCUUUAAAGAGAAACUGCUGCCAGGCCAUCACGGGGCACUCUGGCUCCAUCUGAUGCACUAUUGCCAGUUGUGCACAGCCCCCAAAAUGCCGGAGUACAUUCUCUACACCUUCCAUAUGGCGUUCGGUCGCCUUCCGUGGAAGGAAAUGCACCCAGACCGGCACCUGAUGGAGGAAUUCUUUAAAGUUGAACGAGGCAGCCCCAAAAGCUGCUUCGUAUUCCUGGGCUCGGUUCUGUGUGAGGUCAACUGGGUCAGUGUGCUCUCGAAUGCCUGGAAUCCCAGCCCCCCUCCAGAAACUCACAACAUGAUUGUGUGUCUGCUCUACAUGGUGGUCCUGCUGGCAAAGGAGGAGCAGCUGAUCGCCAAAGAGGAGUCUCCACUGCUUAAUCUCCUCGGCCAGACCAGCUCCCUCCCAUGGCAGCUUGUGAGCAUUUUGUCUUAUCAGAGUGUCAUUGGCUACUUCAACAGCCACUAUCCACCGUCCAUCAUCCUGGCAAAGGAGCCUGCAGCUGAGCUGAUUAUCAAGCUCUUAAAGGCGUCUGCAGGCUUUGGAGCCUCUUCGGACAGCCACGCACAUCUUGAUGCAAGCCUCAAGUGCCAAGCCUAUGUUCGCCAGGUCAUCCAUUUUCUCAGCAUCCUGGAACAAAAUGGGAAAAUAUCCUUGUCGGCUCUGGAACAGGAGAUGUCCAAGCUGCUGGAUGAUAUCGUCAUCUUUAACCCACCAGACACAGACAUGCAGACACGCCACCUGGCCUUGAGCGGCCUCUUCACUGAAGCCCUGAUGAUGAUGAACAACGCUAGCGUUUCUACAGCAGAGUCUCUCCGGGUCAGCUUACGAGGCUGGAUUGAUGGAGCCGUGCAUGGCUUAGGGGUGAUGCCCCUCCUCACAGCUGCAUGCCAGAGCCUAGCAUCUGUCCGGCACAUGGCAGAGACCACGGAGGCUUGUGUUGCUGCCUAUUUUAACGAAGACCCUUCCCUCAGCCAAGAUUUGGGCUGGGGGCCCAUCGUGGCUGCUUUGCAAGUCCCUGAACUCACGGCGGAAGACUUCCUGCAGGAGUGCCUUUCUCUGGGGAGCUACCUGACUCUCUACGUCUACACGCUGCAGCAGUUAAACAGUGAGCAGACCCUGAGCCAUGAGAUGCGUGUGCUGCUGACCCUGAGCAAGUGGCUGGACCAGGUCUAUCCCAGCUCUCCAAAGGAUGAAGCCAAACUCUUCCUUUGGUGGCAUAAAGUGCUGCACCUCUGUCUCCUCCAAGUGGAACAGGAUGAUGCCAUCCUGAUGGAGUCGGUCGUCCGGAUAUUGCUGUCCCUACAAGGCAGGCAGAACCUGCUGGCCGAGGAGAGACUCACGUCUGGAAUACUGGGUGCUAUCGGACUGGGCAGGAGAUCUCCUUUAUCAAACAGGUUCCGUGUGGUAGCCCGCAGCAUGUCGGCCUUCCUGCUGGUACAGAUUCCAGUGGAGAACCAGGUCCGAUUGCAAUCUGGCGUGGAACUGCAGCUCUCUGCCAAAGCUCUGCAGGCUCUGAGUGCUCUUGACUGCAUGGCUUCCAACAAACAAUAUGCGGAAUAUCAGGAGCAGAUCUCCCAGGCUGCCCAGUUUAUCAAGGACCCUCGCCAUUGCCUGCGGGAUGGGACUCAUCUUCUGGCUAUCCUCAUCAACACUUUGUUCGCCGAAGUGCAUUACUUGGAUGCCAUCCGGUAGCAAGAAGCUAGCACAAGUGGCCCCACCUCGCCCCACCCCUUGACUUCAGUUUACAGGGGACAAUGACAUUGCACAAAUUAUGAGCGCUCACAGGGUUCUCUUUCACCAAAGGGGGUGGGAGGGUGGGGGAAGAGAGAGGCUUGCCCGAAAACAAGCCCGGACUUCCAGAGCUCUGCUUUAAAGUCUGUGGGAAUCACUUGAGUGUAGGGUUUUGGGGUGGCCUUUGUGUGCGCGUGCAUCGAGCCUUAACAAAGCAACCCCGCAUCUGUGCUUUUACAUGACCCCCUAUUCAUGGGGGCUUGCAUGUGACAACCUCAUGUUGGAUUGUGCUCCAAGGCUGUAAGGUAGGGGUUCUGGAACCUGGGCCCCCUCAUGUUGUUGGGCUACAACUCCCAUCAUGCCCUGUCAUGGCAGGGGAUUAUGGGAGUUGUAGUCGAAAACAUGCAGGGGGGCAGGUUCUAGAACCCCCGCUGAAGGGGGUUCUGAAGUUUGAUGUUCACCAUUUUGGAGAUGAUGCAACUUGACUUUAUGUAGGCGUGUUCUUCAGCACUUUUUCUACUCAUUUUGCUCGUGUGCCUUCCCCCCCCCCUUUUUCUUUGGCUGUGAAUCGUGUGGGCCAAUACAGACUCGGUGGCUGCAUCUGAUCAGAAUUUUGGACUAUUCUUGAACUGCUGCCUAAUUAUUUUCCAUCACCUUUUCCUGGCUAUUUGUGAUUGUUUAAUGUGAAAAAAACCUCUCAUUGACCUCUGCAAAUGAGACAAACCUCAGAUAUCUUUGCCCUUUCCAUGUAGAGCAAAAAUAGAUUUAUUUAUUUAAGGAUUUGGAGGGUGGGUUGAGUGGGGAGAACUUCCCUAAAUUACAAAAGUUAUUUCCUUAUCAUGUGCUUUGAAUUAAUCACUUGUUUUCAUGUUGCCUUAGUUACAUGCAAGAAAUAAUAGCAAGAAAGACAGUUUCCUAGAUUUUCAGCAACACGGAGAAGACAGCUAUGUAUAAAUUACAGGAAUUUACUAAAAUUUACUAUUUACUAAAACUUACUAAAAAUAAUUUAAUGAAGAUCAUUAUGGUUUCCCUGUUAUGCUAAAUUUUGAUUGGACUACAUAUAUUGACAGAGUUAGCAAGCUUUCACAGGGUUCUUCUGACGUGGAGAGAAUCUCUGUUUAACUUAAAUGUUUGCUGUUGAUUCCUCAUCUGAAUCAUUUUGGAUUUUUUUUGGUCAAUAGCCCCAAACAAAUUAUAGUUAGAUUAUCCCUUACCUUAAGCUAAGAUGACUGACUUGUGAUCCUACAUGGAAGUAGGUUCUGUAGAAAUUAACUUAGAAGUUAAUGUCAUUAGGGCAGGGUAUUAGUCUUUCAAAAGCGCCUAUGUGGUUUUUCCUGUAUUCCUAUCAUGGAGGUUUCCAGUGACACUCCAGAAUGGUCCAUUUAUGUCAGUUGCCUUCUGUAGUUUUUGCAGUGUUUUCAUUCAUCACAGUGUGUAUGCUGACUUUCUAAAGCUGUGUUUCCUGGCUGAUUGAUUAUCCAAUUAUCAUUGCCGCCUUUGAGUGCAUUUUCUAAGAUCUUCUUUCCCUACCUGCACACACCCGUUUCUUUUCAGCCUCUAAUCCAAUGCACAUUUACCUGGUAGUAAGCACCAAAGAACAUUUACUUCCGAGUAAAUACGCAUAGGAUUGUAUUGUCCAUGGGCCCGAUGCAGCCAUCCCAACUGCAUUGGCGGAAACUGAGAUGAUGAAGCAGCUACACUUUGGAAUUGCACCUCAGAUCUCUUCCUAAUUUCUUGUCAUAUUUUAUUCCCUUGAAUAGGUUCUGGCAAAUGCUUCAGGCAUAUUCUGUGCAUAGCUUUCCAUUUUUCAAAAACACAAGAACUACUCUGAGAAAUUAGUGAAAGUAGUACAUUUCUGCUUAAAAAUAUAAUCCCAUUUUCAUGGUUUGAGUUCGGCUUCCCAGGCGAGGUUUUAUGCCUGCAGCCCCUUUCCCAGAUCACCAGCAUCUUCCAAUUGCAAAUACAGUUGUAGCCUGAAUGACAGCUUUCAGCAAAUUAGUGCCGGAUUAUCAUUUUUUGAGACAUUUCCCUUUCUUGUUUUGCCAAAUUAUGCAAAUACAGUCUUUGUCGCGGGAUCUUCAGGAUUCGUUUUGUGGAUUAAGCUUCCAGAUAUGAAUGUCACGUUGCCCCUUUGGUAAACUAGUCCAGAUGUUUAUGUUUUAGAAGAUCUUUCUACAGACCUCACAACUGGAAUAUAUGGAGAGAGAGAGAGAGCUGCUUUUUUUUAAGAGGAAAAAAGAAGUGCUCUAUGGUGCUUCUUUUUCUCAACUCAGUGUUAAAGAUUUAAAGAACUCUGAAAAUGCAGAAAUAUUGUGUGUGUGCGUGCGCAUUUAGCAGAGUAGUUUUACUAUGGAAGCUAUUGUUUUGGCUGUGGGUUUUACAGAAUGUGUGUUUAUAAUGGUUUGUGUCUGCAGGAAUCACGUGAAAUAAACUAUGAGAAACACUGAA